AAUAUUUUUACGUCAUCAUGUAAACAUAUUUGGCUGAUGUGGAUUACCUUUUUAUUCACAUUUCCAGCCACAAUAUGGUCAGUCAGCUUAACCAAAUUCAGUAAAACAGUACCAUCAUAAUUGAAGGCUAUACACCACUAAAAUUUUAAACCACAUCAGUAAAUUGUAUGAAAAUGCCAAGAAAAGUGCAAAUUAUCUAAUGCAUCUUAUGUUCACUAACUUAAACAUUGGUCUAAAACGUUGCAUGAUAUUAAAAACAACACUUGCAUUCAUGAUAAUUUUAUUAAAAUUAUAUAUGUGUAAUUCCUGGUUGAUUUCUCCCUUUAAAUGACUAUCAUAAUUAAUAACUGCGUAGUUUAUUGACAACAUCAUACCACUGGAGAAUGAAAAAGCUGCAGCUGUGUGUUAAAGUAUUUAGAAUAAUGCGCACUUCUGUUCAUUUUUGGUAAUUUUAUGCAGUUAUGGUCGUCGGUAGGAUUCGGUCGUGUUCUCCAGACUCUGCAGUGUGAAGUGCAUGUCACAGUGAUGCCUGUGCUGUUUGAGGUUUGUUUUGUUCCUCCUGUGCAGCAGAGCGGACUGCUGCUGCUGCUGCUGCUGCUGUCGACGUCAGAGGAGGGACUGCGGCGCAGAGCCGGGCUGCUGCAUGCUGGGACGGAUGAGCAGGAGGAUGCGACACCGAAUCAACAAACUUUAAAGAUGCUGUAGAAAGCAGCGGACAGUACAUGGCGACAACAGAGCCACUCCGGAGACACCGAUUCUCCUCUUAAUGCCACAACUGUGUUUUUUCCGCUGCGUAAAACACACGCACCGGCCUGUGCGUUUAUUCCUCCGCCAGUCCACCUGCAGGAUCUGUGAGCCAGCCUGCAGGAUGAACUUCAAGAACCUGAGGGAAUACCUGGCCUGGCUGUACUACCAGUACCUGCUCAUUACCGGCAUCUAUGUCCUAGAGCCCUGGGAGAAGUCCAUCUUCAACUCCAUACUCUUCUCCGCUAUUGCCAUGGUGAUCUACACCUCAUACGUCUUUGUACCCAUCCAUGUGCGCUUGGCGCUAGAGUUUUUCUCUGGGAUCUUUGGUGGCCAGCCUGAGAGCACCAUGGCACUCAUGAACUAAAGCGAAGAGAUAAUAUGAAGGAAAGAGGGAGGAGAGGCACGUUGGAUUAGCAUGAGUCCUCAGAUCAUUUCCAGAACUCAUCUCCUUAGCUCCCUGAGCACAUCAACCCCCUUUAACACCAUGUUCUUCUUCACCUGAUCCUAAAAAAAGCCACCUCAGCUAAUUAAGACUGAAAACAUGAAGAUUUUAAUGGAAUAUUCUGGAAAGCAGAGCCUUACUAUCUUCUUUACAUCCCAAACCCUCUGGCCUUACCCUGUGGUAUUAGACACAUGACUGUACAUUUCUUUCACACCUUUGCUGUGAAAUAUUUUUGUAGAAUGUUUUAUUUUUUCACUUUGUUUUUAUUUUCCACCUGUAUGUCCUGUGUGAAUGCAUACCAGGAUCUUGGUUUUGCAUGAUAUGGUCAUACAUGAAAACUAGCUUUUAGCAUGCUCAUCUCACCACAAACGACUACGACUCUCUUUCCAUCUCGCUUUUUGAGCUACUUCUUCCUGUAUGUUUUCCUGUGUUAAUGUGUUUUACUACUGCAUCUGUGAUGACACAUAUCACUGUUUGUGAACGGAUAAAAAAAGGAAAUCCAUACUCAUCCCACAUGUUUAACAUGCACUUAAUCUUAUGGUUGAUGUAUGGUUUUGUAUCAGAACCACUAUCAGCUUUUUUAGUUGCCUUUAUGCACUGUAAUGCUAAGCGCCAGGGUACAUUGCACAUUCCCUGAAGUCACUGGUUAGCUGAUCUUUACAGAGAGUGAUGACAGAAAAGCUGUAGCUAUGCAAUGAAUCGAAAAGCAUUUAAGUCUGGGGUCUGUUACACAGUUGUGUAAUGUUUGUCCUGAGCCUAUAUUUACUAAUUUACUGGUCAGAGUGAGUAAUAAAGCGUAAAAAUGGCAUAGAUAUGUACCGUGCCGAGCCCUCUCUUUAUCUCCAGCAUUUUAACUCUUUGGUAUGUCAGGAAGGUGUGGUCAGCACUGAGCAUUAGCAAAUAUUGAUACAACACACCUUCAUGACAUAGCUUUACUUAAUCAAUGACCUCUGAACUCAAAGCAGAAAUGUGUGUUUUGUUGAAUGCAGAGACACUGCAGUCAAAAUAUCUUGAACAACACUCUGACUGACUGACCAAAAAAUCUACAGUCUUCCUUACCUAUAGUUGACCUAUAGACUGAACCAGAGAGAGAAUGAGUCGUAGUGUAUCUGGUAGCUGUGAUGAGCAAUAUGCUUAGGUGUAUGCUUAAAUUCAUCUAUGAUUUUUGUGCUUUGGGUCAAGGGCUUGCAAAUUUCAGUCUGAACGUGAUCUCUAAGUUAACUUUAUUUAUAUGGAUUUAUAUAUUUAUAUUCACUGGUAAAUGCUUGGCUGGUUACAAUGUCAAUUACCAAAUGUUUUUGAUUAUUUAUAUCUGUGUUUCUCUUGUGGCCAUAAUUAACAACUAAAUUGAUCUUUACUUUGUUUCUCUACCUGAAAGUGCUUUUAUAUUGUUCCCAACUUUGUGACAUUUCAUUUCAUUUCUUUUUUUUUUUUUUUUUUGAAGUUCCAGACAUUUCCUGUACCACAAAUGUAGAGCCCUGUGAGAGGCUUAGAGGCAAUAGACGUCUUUGUUUCACUGGUCAGUAAAUAAAUGUUUUAUUUAUACAUAGCAACCAAAUUCAGAAAAUAAAGACAUCUAAAGACACAGACAUCUGUUCUCUGUCUCAGGUAGACUGGUUACCUUUGAUUUAAAUGUCUCCUUUGAUAGUAUAAAAUAUGCAAUAUAACUGUUCCAGCCAACUUCAGAAUCAAUAAUUUUGCAACAAACGAUCAAGUGAACAGGGCAGUUGCUGAGAAAUGGAAGAAACAAGUGAAACAAAAUCUUGGGUUGCACAUUCCUGACACACACACAAAAAAAACCAUACCACAUAAAGUGAAUUGACACAAUAAGAGGCAGAGCCACCAAACCAGUUCUGCUCAGACAGUACAGGAAUGAAUGCCCAAAGGAUUUGAUUUCACCAGUACACAUACUAGGUAAGCUUUCUAUGCUUACAAAGCUGUGUCCAUCCUCUUUAUUGUUGCAGACACAAUUUAGGCAAAUGUUCCAAUCUGCGUUAAGGUCACACUGGUAAUGUAGUGUGAAAUUAAUCGCACUGGAAUUAAAUUUGCUCGCAACUAAUUUGAAGGAUGUUGAAGUUUAUUUCCUGCGAUGUUUAAAAUGCUCAAGCAGGAAAUUGCUUUUGUUACUGGUCUCAGUGGUAGAGAAGCCUAGCUCUGUAGCUAUGUUUAUGGCUUGUAACUAGACACCUCCACCUUGUUUUUGUUUCCAGGAUGUCUCACACAACCCACACUUAGCUACCUGUGCACUAAAACCCAUCCAAUGAGUCGUCUCCUCUGAUGGAGUUGUUUGUAGUGUGCUUUUUAAGUAUUUAAGUGUGCGUCAGGUUCCUCUGUUUACACUGCUCAUGUUAAUUUGUAUCCCAUGAAGGAAGAGGCCAAAGGUUAUCCUCAGACAGACGAGAUGUAAACAAAGCUAUCGAAGGCUCUCAAAACACUGAGGCGUGGUGUGUUGUUUCUCUUGUGUUUACAUGUGACCUGUGUCUGUUUCUCCCAACGAAAACUAGAGGAGGCCUUGACAACAGUCAGAUAUGCAGACACAGAGAAGAAUGCACACGUGCGUGCCAACACUGUCACCAUCUCCAAGUUUCAAUUUACAAGGAAACCCCAGAAAGUGUUCAAAUAUUAAUGCGGUUGCCAACAUUUGAUCACCCCAUCCACUUUGGCACAAGCCUCACAGCCACAGAUAACCACAACCUGCCAUGUCACAUUGUCUUUGUAGGGAGACUCACUGAUAUGAGCCAUUCUCUGUAGUACAUAUUCUUACUCUAUGUUCUUAAAUGUAGAAAAACACCCACUUACUUCCAUGCAAUUAUGCAAAGACAUGUACAAAACACAUUAACUGCACAGAGUGAAUACAAUGAAUGUCUCCAUUACGAUAACUUUACCUAAAUACAAUUACUGUGAAAAUAUUAGUUAUAAUAUAAAGGACAAACAGACAUAUAGAUCUUUUUAUUUCUGCUGGUUUGCAGACUUGCCAUACUUUCUCAUUUCUCUGUUUAAUGUUUCCCCCAGGCCUUUUGUUCAACUGUUGGGUAGCUUAAAACAUUUCCCAAGAAUGAUGAGUGAUGAAUGAUACAUUUUUCUGGGACUCUAUUGUACAGUAUGACGGUGACAUAUACCUGCAGUGUAAUACAUCUUAAAAUGAGCUUCUCUUUCUCCUGCUUUUUUCCCCUCUUCAUUUAAUAUUUCCUGUUCAGCUGGUCUGUUUUACAUACUGAAAGUUAAUACAGUAAUACUAUACUAUUUUAUUAUCUUGCAAUUACCAUCUUUCUGGGGGUUUUUUUUGUUUGUUUUUUUAACAGAUUUUGGGUAAAAUGAGUAAAACUACAUUUUGGGAGAUGUAGUUAUUCAUUGUGUUUUUACAGUUUUAAUCAUUUUACUGUAUCUAUGUUUUGUUGUUUUUGCUUUUAUUACCAGCGAUUACCCACACUCUGAGUGUUAUAACAUCCUAUUUGUAUUUGUUUCUCAAAUCAACUUUUUUUUUUUUUUGUCAUUGCCAUUUUCAUAAUUUCUCAAUUAUGUUGCAAAAUAGGCCUUCUCCUCGAUACAUUCCAAGAUUAAAUAAGGGUUAUAUACACUCAUAUGUACUUGAUUUAUGAUAGUUUAAUAAAUAUCAUAUUUAAAGGACCAUAUUGGAAAUAUAAAACACAGGAUUAGAUCUUAUAUGAUGCAAUUAAUCACACUAUAGAGCUCCUGUCACAUCUAGUCAACCUCUCAUAUUUAAAAAUGCACAUAAACAUAAAUAUAUUUACACAUGAGUCUGAAUUAAUUGACUAUUGUUUCAUCUUAGUGUCUGCUCCAAUGUGUGACAUCCUUAGCCACAGAAUUAAUACAUUGUUUUUGUCUUUACUCUUUGGCUACUUGUAACCAACAAAACAGAUCAAUGCAGUCAUGUGACUUAUUGUGAAACCCAAUUUUGCAAUGACUGGCCACUCUGUGAUUUACUGGUAUCAACAUGUAGAGUCAACAAAGGACAAGGAAGGACAAGACAACAGGAUAAAACACUACCCUGCUAUUGCAAUGUAUUACAGCAUCAUUUAACAGGCUUGUUUUAAGGAGACAUUGUUUACACUGUUGGGUGUGUGUGUGUGUAUAUGUGUGUGUGUGUGUGUGUGUGUGUGCGUGUGUGUGUGUGUGUCAGUAUUUGUAUUUGUGUGUUCAAGUGUGGGCAUUGUGUUUCAUUUGGGACUUUGUUAAACUCACUUAACUGUAUUAUUUCUGUAUUUGUUUUGUGUGGCAUUUGCCAAAAUGUUUUAAUCUCUUGCUCUAAAUGAUGACUCUUGAACAACAACAACAAAAAAAAAACCCUGCCAUGUCCGUGAACACAUCGAUUCCAGCACAUUUAUUUACCUCAGAACAUGACUCCCAGCGCCAACAAUAUAUAUCAAA